CAGCCCACGCAGAGAGGUCACAGGUCUGCUUCCCCAGCCAGUGGACUAUUCCAGAAAGUGUGUGAGCAGCAGCGCCGUGUGCCGGCUGAGGUUUGGAACCACUGUUACAGGUGCCUCCCACCCCAGCGGCGGACAUCGGAGCCCCACCCACAGUGACGGCAGCUCCCUGCUCUGUUCCCCGGGCCUAUCCCCCCUGGCCGUGCCCAUCCACCCAGAGGGUCCAUACGUGGGACCCCUGUCCCCACACCCCCCAGAAUUCACCCCCCAUCCCCACCACAUGGCCUAUCUACCCAGCCUGUCCCAGGCCUCGGUGGUCAUGCUGUACGGAGGUCCGGCGGCGCAGGAGGGGCUUAACCGCUUGACCACGGAAGUUCAAAGGUCGUCAGGGUCCGGAGAGGGCAUCCUGGGGAAGAGGAAGAGGGAUGAAGGAGCAGAGGAGGAGAAGAGGGCGAAAAAAGACACGAGGGAGUCGCCUGAGCUGUCUGAAGAGAGGAAGAGUGUGGAGGGAAGGAGUGUGGAGGGGAACAGCUUGCAGAUGACCACCAGCCCAAGGACCAGCUCCCCAGGCCAACCAGGGGGGCUAGCCAGGGAAGAGGCCCCAUUGAGGGACAUCAGAGACGGGGAGGUGGGCAGACACAGCCCCCCCAACAACCAGGUCCAGCCUUCACACUACCUCUAUGUGCCUAACUCUGCAGGUCUCAACAGUCUCAACUUCCUCCUCUCUGCUGGUCAGACGCCAGACGGCCUGACUCUACCUGCUGGCACCAUGCCCACUCUGACCCUGCCCCUACGUCCUCGUGUCCUCCUCCACCCUCUCCCCUACCCGCUCAUGGCCAACGGGGGCGAUGCCCAUGCCAACCUCAAUUUCAACAUGUCCGCCAUGAUGUCCCCCGCCUGCUUCGUGAUGGGAGCCGCCGGACCCUAUGCUGUGGCCAGAGCCCCAGAGUUCAGUGGAUUGGCAGUGGCGCCGGCCCUCUCCAGUCCAGAGCAGCACCGGCUGUUCGGGUCGGGACCCAUACCUCCACAUUCUCCCUUGGAGCCCAGGCCGCCUCUGACCUUCAUCCAAACAGAGACACAGACACCACAGACUCCCAAGGAGGCGGCAGCCGGCGGAGGCUCCAAGGGCCUUCUUCCAGCGCCGGGACCCUGGGAACGGCCACCACAACCCCCCGUAGCCCGCGACGAGGCUCCGCCCAGAGAGGCUGGACAUCGACCACCUACCAACCAAUUAGAA